GGGAGAGAAGCGGGGCUAGGAGGCGGCAGAAGCUGCCAGACCGCCAGCAAGACCCCCUUCCGGACUGCAGGGCUCGUGCUCUGGGACGGGCGGGCGGCGCUGCCGCAGCCUGCGUGGGUGGACGGGCGAGCAGGCGACGGGCAGCGGCAGGAUGGACCUAGAAGCCUCGCUGCUGCCCACCGGCCCUAAUGCCAGCAACACCUCGGACGGCCCCGAUAACCUCACCUUGGCCGGGUCACCUCCUCGCAGAGGGAGUGUCUCCUACAUCAACAUCAUCAUGCCUUCAGUGUUUGGCACCAUCUGCCUCCUGGGCAUCAUCGGGAACUCCACAGUCAUCUUCGCGGUGGUGAAGAAGUCCAAACUGCACUGGUGCAGCAACGUGCCCGACAUCUUCAUCAUCAACCUCUCGGUGGUGGACCUCCUCUUUCUCCUGGGCAUGCCCUUCAUGAUCCACCAGCUCAUGGGCAAUGGAGUCUGGCACUUUGGAGAGACCAUGUGCACACUCAUCACGGCCAUGGACGCCAACAGUCAGUUCACCAGCACCUACAUCCUGACCGCCAUGGCCAUUGAUCGCUACCUGGCCACCGUCCACCCUAUCUCCUCCACCAAGUUCCGGAAGCCUUCUGUGGCCACCCUGGUGAUCUGCCUCCUGUGGGCCCUCUCCUUCAUCAGCAUCACGCCCGUGUGGCUCUACGCUAGGCUUAUCCCCUUCCCAGGGGGCACGGUGGGCUGUGGCAUCCGCCUGCCCAACCCAGACACUGACCUGUACUGGUUCACCCUGUACCAGUUCUUCCUGGCCUUCGCCCUGCCCUUUGUGGUCAUCACAGCUGCGUAUGUGAGGAUCCUGCAGCGCAUGAUGUCCUCCGUAGCUCCCGCCUCUCAGCGCAGCAUCCGGCUGCGGACAAAGAGGGUGACUCGUACAGCCAUCGCCAUCUGCCUGGUCUUCUUUGUGUGCUGGGCCCCCUACUAUGUGCUGCAGCUGACCCAGUUGUACAUCAGCCGCCCGACACUCACCUUUGUGUACCUGUACAACGCAGCCAUCAGCUUGGGCUAUGCCAACAGCUGCCUCAAUCCCUUUGUGUACAUCGUGCUCUGUGAGACAUUCCGCAAACGCUUGGUCCUAUCGGUGAAGCCGGCUGCCCAGGGGCGGCUUCGAGCUGUCAGCAAUGUCCACACAGCUGAUGAGGAGAGGACAGAAAGCAAGGGCACCUGA